CCCCUCCUGUGCUCGCGUCGCAUCUUCCUCGCCUCGAUCAUGGUAGCGGCCAAGUUCCUUCAGGACAAGACGUUCUCUAACCGAGCAUGGUCCAAGAUCACUGGCCUGCCGGUAAAGGAGCUGGCCAAUGUCGAGAGGGAGUUCCUCGCUGGCAUUCAGUGGGAUCUUAAUGUCAAGGACGAAGAGUGGAAGGCUUGGACGGCUAGACUCGCGAGC